CUUCCGGAGCAUCUGAAAAGAGACGUAACGUUAGAUUCAUCCGAAGCGAUUUGGCUAGCAGCUGUACUUCCGAGUAAUAUGAAGUCGUUCAUCGUCGGCGACAAUAAAACGUAUGACGGCGAGUUUAAUUGCGCUCUACAACCUAAAACCUACUACAAGAUCAUCCUUAUAGUUAAGAGCUACGACGGGCAGAUCGCUAAUGAACCAAUUAUAAUGGAAUCAUUGCCAAUCAGUAUCGGCGAAGUUCCCAGUUCGUUCAAUAAAUCCUGGCUAAUACUUAUUCCAUUGUUGGCCAUUUUCAUCGUCAUAAUUUAUCUCUAUCGCGAAAAAGCCAAAGCGUUCUUUCAACGACAGGACGACAUGCCGCUUACUGAAAAACUAAACGACGUGAAUCAUGAGAAUCAGUCCAUCACACUGGCAAAUGUUGAAAAGCCGUCACCUCGAUUAGCUUCAGAAAAUUCGGAACCAUCGUCCCUUGGAAAUUCACCGGUGAUGGACCCAAGAAGAAGUCACCUGCCGCCCGAGUCAGAAUACAGUUCUAUGGUGAAAGUAAAAAAUUUUGAGGAUUACGUCAAGCAGGCUAUAGCUACUGGUUUACUGGACAAACAAUACGAGAUGUUUCCAAGAGGCCAAACCAAACCAUGGACGUACGGAGAAGAGCCUCAAAACAAAGCAAAAAAUAGAUACAAGAAUUUACUAGCAUAUGACGAGACUCGUGUGAUACUGCAGAAGCUACCGGAUGAUCCGUAUUCUGAUUACAUCAAUGCGAGUUACAUACAGGGUUUCAAUAAGGAACGUGCGUACAUAGCAACUCAAGGUCCCAAGCAAAAUACAAUCAUUGAUUUCUGGCGAAUGAUUUGGCAAGAGAAGGCUCUUGUUAUCUGCAUGGUGGCAAAUAUCUUGGAAAAUGGCAAAACCAAAUGUGAACAAUACUGGCCUAAUAUUGGCAAGAAGAAACAAUUUGGUGAUUUUCUAGUCGCAAAUGUCAAAUAUAAUGUGUUUGCUGACUAUACGUUUAGGACCUUUCAGGUCACCUACCAGGAGGAAACGCGCAAGAUUGAACAUCUUCAUUACACUUCGUGGCCUGAUCACGGUGUCCCCCUCUACACACACGGAAUAGUAGCUUUUUUGAAAAAACUUUUAGCAACAUCACCAGGUGUUGGUCCUAUCGUGACGCAUUGUAGCGCCGGAGUCGGCAGAACGGGAACCAUAAUCCUAUGUCACAUUUGUUUGCACAGAGCAGCAGCCGAAGGGGUCGUGGAUGUUCUGGCCGAGACAAAAAAGAUUAGAAACCAAAGAGCCAAUAUGGUGGGCAAUAAGCAACAGUAUUUAAUGGCGCAUCUGGUAAUUGCCGAAUGUUUACUUGCAUUUACCACACACAUACCAUGCAAUGACAGUCUGCCUGAGGGAAUCAGAGAGAUGAAGCAGUACCUGCGGAUCCAGCGACAGAGACUCGAAGACAUCGCCUGGCAGGACGAAGCAUUGCAGCCGAGCAGUCUGAGGAAAGCAUUGCCUUUCCAGAACUGGUCCAAAACCAGAUAUCCAGAGGAAGCUACAGAUAAUUACAAGAGAAUAUACUUGACACGAUAUCCACCGUCGGACGAAAACAGUGAUUACAUAGCAGCUAUUUACGUCGAUGGCGUAAAAGUGCAAAAUCAGUACAUAGCAGCACAGUUACCUCUACCCUCGACAGUAUCUGAUUUUUGGAGAAUGAUAGCUGAAUUUAAAAUUGAAUUGAUCGUCCAGUUGCAGCCGGUCGAUCCAGAGGAUCCUACAUGUUGCGAGAUCGUACCGGAAGAUGGAAAGUUCCACCCAACACCGUACCUAGAAGUCAACACGCAUGAUAUAAUUGAUUCUGAAUAUUUCACUACACGUAAAUUAUUACUGGCUGACAAGUCCAAGGACAAGGAAAUGAAACAACAAGUUACAAUAUUAUCCUGUAAAAGUUGGAAACCUGGAAGACACAAAGAACUACCACAUCCGGUAGCCUUGAUCAGCUUGUGGCAGGCUGCCGAAAGAAUACCAAGGGGCGAUGGUCCCGUGGUAUCAUUGUGCCACGACGGAGUAACCGGAUGCGGUUUAUACCUGGCUCUAAGUUUCUUGAUGGAAAGAAUGGCUGUGGAAAGAGAAUGCGACGUGUGUUUAGCGAUUCGAGCCGUAAGAAGAUCGAAACGUGAAUUCGUCCAGACGAUCAGGAAUUUACAACGCUUCUGUACUUGGGUUACAGUAGCCUCCUCAAUGGAAAUCUUCAUAGGGUUUUUUCAAAUAUGGUUGAUUAAUAAACAUCUCAAAAUCCUUUUAUAUUCAGGUGCCCAUUAAUGUCAAACCUCUAUAGUAUAGGUACUUUUCAUUUAUGCCAGACCUCAUUCUCAUAUACUUGAGUAAGAGAGUACCUCCGUCAGUACAUGGUGUGGAUUCCAGUAUGCAUAACAUCCUAAAUAUAUAUAUUUAUAAGGAUAUAAAGAUUAUGAGGAAUUUAACACUUAAUCAAACCACUUGCAAAAAAUAGACAGAGUAUGACCAGUUAAAGUAAGUAAAUCCAUAAGUUAUGCAUAAUAUAUCAGUGUAUGUUUUAAUCCAUUGAGACUGCAUAGCAAGUCAAUAUAUAUUUAUAUUGAAAUUUUAAAACAGCACAUCAGACUCUGACUCAACUGUUAUUCGUAUAAUAUUUCUACAAACAAUAACUAGGCAAAGAUAUUUAAUAUGUCACUCAUCUGGUAAUAUGUAUGAUACUUUACAACUGAAAUUUAUAAUUAAAACACUAUACACAAUUGCCAAUACCAUUAAGUGCAACAAAGAGACUUGAAUUUAGCAGAUAGUAACAGUAUCAUAUUUGUUAUAAAAGAUAUAUUCUAAUAUUUAUUAUGUUCUUGUUGAAAUAGAAAACAAAAAUUUAGAACAAUUAAUACUACAAUAUAUUGUAUCGCACUAGAUCAGUUGAGUCAUUGCCUUAAGAUAUCGAAUGAGGAUUUUACAAAUAUUAAAUCUAUAAUACUCUUUUAGUUCAAGUACAUUUACCCU